AUGCUUCCUUUUUAUCAGUUUCCACAGCAGCCACGUGAGACUCUCAUCGUCAUUCACAAAAGGAGACGUACAGUCUCCAGGAUUAAACUUUAUCACCAUCCAGGAAGUGGAGGUUCUACGCUGGCCAUGCAGGUUCUUUGGGAUUUGAAGAAGGACUUCAAAUGUGCCACCAUAGGGCCAGUCAGUACUGAAACAGCAGUGAUUGCAGACCACAUCAUCAAACUCUUUGAAGAAGGGGGUCCAAAUGACCAAAGAACACUACUGUUGCUAGAUGACAAUUCCAGCGAAGGAAAUUUAAUGGAAAAUUUAAACAUGGAAAUUGUUAAGAGAGGAAUAAGUGCAGAUGUCCCAGUGGCCAUCCUGUUAAAUGCAAAGAGAAAGCUCACCAACAUGGCUGACGGCCCCCUAAACCUGAAAAACAAACUCUCUCGUGAAGAGCUGCGCAACUUUGCACUAAAGGAAGCAGAGAUGAAACUGAGUCACAGUGAUGAAGAACUGAAGCUGUUUCAUGGAUUUAAUCUCAUGAGGAACAAUUUCAGCAAGAAGUACGUGGCGAAUCUCAGCUCAAUCAAAGAAAUCAAGGACUAUGUGAAGAGGAAUAAAACAGCUUGCAACACUGAACUUUUCUCAGUUUUGGCACUGUUAAAUUCAUAUGUUCCUGGGUCCUUUCUGCCGCUGUCUCGAUGUCAGGAUUUCCUAAACCCUCAACGUACAAUCUCUGAACAAACGACAGACAGAAAAAUGGCAACAUUGCAAGAUUCCUCACAUGUAGUUAUAUAUGAGAAAUUGCUAUUUGAAAAGAAUAUGGAGCCUUUUAUGAAUCUCAUGGUUAUAUUUUCAAGGGAUGAGAUGAAGAGUGAGUGUGUUCGGUUAGCGCAUCCAAUGAUUGCCAAUGAAUGCCUGAAGAUACUGGCUGAAGCUGGCAUAACCAAAGGAGAAAUAGCCAAAAGUUUUCUUGAGUCCUGCAAACCAAAUGAGCCUCCAUAUAUGGUGAAAAUGAUCAAAAGUUUGCUAAUUAAGAGAGAAACCAUGGAGGAUCACCAAGAGAUGUUCUCCAGACUCAUUUUAGAUAUAAAAGAUGAUGGUGAUUUAAAGAUGUGUGAGGAAUUGUUUGAAAUUGCCACAACUAUAUUUGAAAAAGAUCCCUUUUUCCCACAAGCUUUUGCUCGAUUUCUCUACAUCGUGCUCCAUGAAUUUGAUGAAGCUGAGCAUCAGGCUUGGGAGGCCAUUGGACGUGAUCUUCAAAACUCUUUCCUCAGGGACACACUUGGACAAAUCCACAAAACACACUUGCAGACAUGCACAAAAAGCAGAUCACCAACUUCAAAAAUUCUAGAAGUUGCAGAGUUAGCCAUACAGGCUUUCGAAGAUGAAGAAGAGGCAGCUGAAAAUGAGCAAGAUGCUCAGUCAAAGAAUGUAUUACAUACUUUCAACUGCAGAGGACUUUUUGGUUAUAUUCAAGUAGCCAAAAUUAUUUUUGACACUCUGACAUCUCUUGACCAAAAGUGGCAUGAUGUUCUCACAGGAGAGGAAUCCGUUCUUGUGCUACCCGAAGCAGAAGACGUCCUAGACUAUGUAGACCUCAUUGUAAAACUGCAGGUUAACGUAGAAAGGAAACAUGCAUUCUUUGAGGGCUACCUGAUCUACUCCAAACCCAGCAGAUACAAAUCUGAACCAUCAUACUUUCAAAGGGAUGUUGAUAUUUGUUACAGCAAGUAUCUGCUUCGGCACUCAAAGCCUGCCCAUUCCUGUCAUUCCAUAAUGGACAGAAGCUUUCCUGGUCUAUUCUCUUGUCUCAAUCGAGGCUAUUCUAGCAACUUUCUGGAGCGCCUCACAGAGUACGCUAGGAAAACAUAUGAGGUGGAACAGUCUGACAUGAAUGCUGCCAUGAACUACAUUCUCUCAAACAUCGUCCUCAGCAACAAAGACGAGACAUCUCAAGUACUGCGGACACUGACAGAUCUCAGAGGCAUUCUGUGGAGAUUUGUAGAGAAGCAGAAUCUCUACCAAAGUCCAGAAUUCUUCCUCCUUGUUCUGCUCCUGUUUUGGCCAGAUGUGAAACAUCAUCAAAGCUUACACUACAGCAUAGACUUGGGUAGUACUGUUGAGAAUAUGAAGACAGCUUUUGAUCAAAAGUAUCAAAAGCACUUUCAGUCCAGGUACCUGAGGCCUCUUUUUUUCUUGGGACAGGAGACAGGCUUGAAGAGGCUGGUCCACAGCUGGAAAGUUCACAAUGUCCAUACAAAGCACAGAAAAAAUCCUAAGCAGAGAAGACAAACAUGGGCCAGACUGGACUGGGGAAAUGGACAGCUAUGGAAGGACAGCGACAUCCAGAAUCUUCUACUCCGCGUCCGUGGAGUUUUCAGAAAACAGCAGCUGUUUGCUUAUGUUGAAGACUAAGAGAUCGCCAUCUAUUCAGACCAGGCUUUUGUGUCAUAUCAAGGUCCUGCUUCCUUCUUCCUAGGCUUUACCAUCAAAGGACCCGUGGCUUAUG